CAUCACAACACCACAACACCACCCCCCCCCCAAAACCCCUAAAACCUUCCCAUUCAAGCCUCCAAUCUCGUGUGCACCUCGUCAUGUUUGUCGCGAGACAAGUAAUAUUGUGCUGUCAUUGUCGAUUUCACCUUGCAAAGCUUAACCGCCGACACGAUGCCUUUCUCCCUCGCUCGACGACCCAGGGCGAGCACGGAUGAGGACUCGAGGAGUCGCUCUGAUGAUUCUGAAAAACCUCGACGUCGCAAGACCUUGCGCGAUCUUCUCUUAAAGGGAUCAGGGAAGAAGCAAGACGCGUCAUCGGAUGCGUCCAGCGAUACAUCAAGAGCAUCUGCCACCUUCCCCAAACCAGAGAGCGCGCGGUCAUCAUGCAAUGUAGACAAACCUCUUCCUGCGCCGCCGGAUUCACAUGAAGGAGUCCAGCCUGCACAACCCAACGCCAUGUCUCCUGCAACCCCAGGCAAAAUACAAAGAAUUAUGCAUCCACUGAGCUGGGCAGACGUGCAGAACCUCUUCUCGGGCGCACCUCAAUUCUGCAUCAGUCGAAUUCCACAUCGUCAGCAUCACCCGGUGGUAGUGUUCCCAUGGAACCUGGAGCUUCAAGUGCGCGACGUAAGUGACUGCCUCAGGAUACAACAUCCGGCCCUAGCGGCGGCGACUCUGUCUCCCAAUCUCCCAAUUCCAGACUCAUCGGCCAGACCUCACACCGGAAAAUCUUCCGAGGCAGAAAAUGAUUAUGGUUGGCGUGGAGGGUUCGACUCUGGCAUCCACGAGCGACCAUGCAUGCUCAGCAGUCACGGCUCAGAACCUGGAACGGUGGGCUUCAUUCAUUUUCUCGAGAUGGAGGUGGCAGACACGCUCCAGAUUCCAGAAGCGCCCAGAAAGCGCAGUCAUGCAGAAGAUGAAGACACUGGACCAAAAGGGAGAGAGAACAUCCACUGGAACGAUUUCUUCCACCGCCGACAAGACAAGGGUGAAAAGGUUGGGAUACGUAGCAUCAACCUAAGCACCAUUGUUGAUCGCUUGCGCGAGCUGAGUGAUCUAUUUCAUACUGUGGGAGACGAUAAAUUAUACGGUGAAGUACUGGGGAAGCACACCCCCGAGCACCUCUACACUGAUCUCUUCACGAGAUUACUUUAUCCUCCAAGCCGCGUGGGAGAGCUCGAUGCAAACGAUCCAUACAGUCUGAAGGUACAAAUUGGAGGGCUGAUGAAGGUCCUAGGACUGCACGGGCUCUGGAUUGAUUUCAGCUCCGUCGAAUGGCGGAUCAAACUUGGUCAGAUUCUCUGGACAAAUUUCUCAGAGGAAAGCCAUGAAGCUCUCAGCGUAGAGGCAGAUUCGCCUGAACGUCACUGGCUGCUUCUUCAGAUUCUCUUGUCUUGCGAGCUGCUGCUCCGUCUGGACGUGGUUGUAAAGGGCACAAAUACUACGGUGCUGGAGGAGAUGCAUUUAACCAAGCACGAGAUUCACCACUUCAAUAAGCAUCGGACACGAAAGAUUGAUUGGGAUCUUAUCCUCGCGAGACGUUUUCUGGUCAAUGUCAAGGUGGUUCCGCAUAAGAUCAGCCCUCCACAACCGAAAAUGGCCAGACCUGGAUGGUUUUCGUCUUUGCUUCCUGACCACUCUUCAUCCUCAAAUGGGGGUAUCGCACAUUAUCUUCAUCCCAAUAGCCAUGAUGAGAAGCACGAUGUUUAUCAUGAUGCGACCUUUUGGCCUCGUCAUCCAGCAAGCCAGCUUUCUGGGCUCAUUCAUUUUGCCCGCAGCAUUGAGUGGCCGAACAUGGAUGUUUUGGAAACAAAACUGACAGAAAAGUUUGAGGCUUCGCCACUGGCGAACCCUGACGCGACGCCCGGACACAGCAUGGCAAGCACUCCUGCAGCGGCUACACCUGGAUCGACAAGGACGACACAGAGUAGCUACUUUUCAGGAGCGCCAGUCAGGCCACUGCCACAUCGUAAGCUAACUCAGCGCUCUCUACGUCUGUCCCCACAUCCAUCAUCGCUUGAUCCGGAGGCGGUCAACAUGGGCGGCUGGCUCAGUAGAUCAUGGUUCACCGGCUUCAUCUUACCGGGAGAAGCCAUGUCGCAUUUCUUGAUUUCGACCCUGCUAGAAAACGAUGGAGAAGCAGUUGAGAAAUUGGGUGACUCUGCCAAUCUGUAUGGCGGCUUUGCCUAUCAAGGCCGCAGUUUUUGGAGCAAAAGCUGCGUUGUGGGACGGGUGCUUGCGCCAAUGGAAGGUACAAAGGAAUGUGCAUGGUGGUUGAGUCUUCCCAUUGUUCCGCGUGGCUUCGAAGAUGGAUGGCUAGAUAUUGAAGCUAUUCCGAUGACGGGACACGGAAAAGCAAGAAUCGAGGAUGGCGAAAUCGUUUCCAAAUCCUCGCGGCUCCUUGGCAUGGGCAGUCUCGACAGUGGGAUCCUCCCGGGUGAUUUCACCCUACCGAUCGAUCCUCAUGCCGUACCUGGGCACUCUGAAAAUAUGGAAAUCCGCUUCGAGGAUUUAGCCCUGGACGCUGUUGAUGAAAAAGAGUCAAUGCUGGAAGGCGAAGAGGAUGACGGGAACGAAGAGUCCAGUGACGGGGGCGAAGAACAUGAUGAAGAGGAAGGAUCUGGACAUUCCGAGGAAGUUACCACUGAUGCGACAGAGCCGCCGCCCUUACGGACAUAUUCCGCUUGUAUCAACUUCUCAAUACACGACCUUUCGUCGUCUGGCGCCGAUUCUACAGAUGCCACGCCUCACAAUGUUGCCCUGCGCCUUUCACACGAUGUCUAUUUCGUCACAUCUUUUCCAUGUCACUACUCACCGCAUACGAAACUGAUUAGUCCGCCCAGCACACCAGGUGGAUCUUCCACAGUCCAUCAAACAGACGGAGACAACCUGGCACGGUCCCAGUCAGCACCAGUACCCCCUCCAACAUCUCCUUCGCCAGUCUCUAUCCCGCCGGUUGAGCAGACGCCUGCUGCAACCGUUAAAUCUCCUUUAGCGACACCGAUACCUUCGUCACAAGUGCUGGUUGAGACUAGCAAUAGUACUGCUUCAAAUAAUGUUACUUCUACCGCUCCUGCAUCCCAAUCUCUUCCUCAAACCUCGCAAGCUGGCACAGGCGCACUUGCAAACCUAUCCGACUCACCAUACCAUACUCCUCAUCAUGCAUCCUUCCGGCCACACCAUCCGCUACUUCACCUGAAUCAUCGUCUACCGGUUCAUCCCUUACAUAAUACUUACUCGUACGCUUUUAUCUCGCUGUCAACUCUCCUGUCGUCUGAUCUGUCCGAGAUCAAGGCGGCAAAGCCAUACUCACAGCAACAAGGCAUGCUCGGAACUCCAGACCGGCCACGAGGCGAAAAGAACGAAAAGGCAUUGCCGGUGACCAAAAUCAUUGAUGCUCGUGGCCCCGCGACAAACGAAGUCUUUGCCCGAGCCUGGUGUGCCCAUCAUGGAGUUGGCGCAGUCAUUGGCCGCAACGGACGUACCUGUCUUAGUUGCUGUGUACGCGAAGCCAAUGCCCUCGGUCUAGAAUUUGUCAUUCGCGUCUAGUCCAGUUCAAAUAUGUCAUCGUUGUGUCUUUUUCAGUUGAGACUGUCCAGCUGAGACGGUCCAGUUGAGA